AUGACUUCUGUUCGUACCUUACUUGCUGUUACAUCAGUUCAUCAAUGGAGUUUAUCACAAAUGGAUGUUAAAAAUGCCUUUUUGAAUGGGGAUCUUUUUGAAGAGGUGUAUAUGGUUCCCCAUCCAGGUGUUCUUCAUAAUCCCGAGGAGGUGUGUCGUUUACGGAAAGCUUUGUAUGGUCUUAAACAAGCUCCUCGUGCUUGGUUUGAGAAAUUCUCUACUGUUAUUGGUUCUCUUGGUUUUCAAUCAAGUGCUCAUGAUCCUGCCUUGUUUGUUCGUUCUACCUCUAUUGGUCGUAUCCUUCUCCUCCUUUAUGUUGAUGACAUGAUUCUUACGAGUGAUGAUUUGGAUGCUAUCACCCAAUUAAAAUUGGCUUUACAUGAUCGAUUUGAAAUGAAGGAUUUAGGUCCCUUAUGUUAUUUCCUUGUCAUUGAAGUUGCAUCAUCCCCUAAAGGUUAUCUCCUUUCUCAGUCUAAGUAUGCCGCUGACGUUCUUCAAAAAGCUUGUAUUACGGAUACUAAAGUGGCUGAUACACCUCUUGAGCUCAAUGUGCGUUAUUCUCCGUCUGAUGGUACCCCUUUGGAUGAUCCUACUCUUUAUCGCACUAUUGUUGGGAGCUUGGUUUAUCUCACUAUUACUUGCCCUGAUAUUGCAUAUGUUGUUCAUAUUGUUAGUCAGUUUGUCUCUUCUCCCACUACUCUUCACUGGGCUGUUGUAAUUCGUAUUUUACGCUAUCUUCGAGGGACGUUGUUUCAAAGCUUAUUACUUCCUUCCACCUCAACUUUGGAGCUUCGAGCCUUUUCUGAUGCUAGUUGGGUUGGCGAUCCUUUUGAUUGA